AUGGCGAUGCGCUUUAUCAACGGGCUGAGUCAGCUAGUCGGCGAGCUCACAGAUCCCCCUGCCUUGAAGACGGUGACGGAGACCUUGGGCUUUCAACACCUGGACAUCGAUGUCACGACCCCUAGAGCCGGAAUCUUCCGCAACGCCAUCCUUGAGCUCUUCGAGCAGGAGCUUGGUGCCAACUUCGGUGGCAAGGCGAAGGCUGGAUUACAA